UCUCUCUCUCUCUCUCUCUCUCUCUCUCUCUCUCUCUCUCCCUCCCUCUGUCUCCCUCAGUCUGGUACCCUGUUCAAGAGUGAAUACCACAGCCUAAGACACAGGACCAUGGCUGGGGAACUGAGGCCAAGUCGCCCAAAGGCAGGAACCAAGAGAGCCAGCAGUGAGGCCUUCGGAUCUGACUAUGACCUGGAGUAUGACAGCUAUCCAGAUGACCUCUACAACAGGGUGUUUGACUACCAGCGUGUCCCAGCCUCCAUGAUGCCAGCCCCAGUAGAGCCCAGCCCUAUGAAACACUCCCAUGGCCCCUCUUCCUCCUCCGGCCUGCACCGCUCCAGAGACAGACUACAGGGCAAGAGGAGUGCCCAGCGCACCGGCUCUUCCAGCAACAGGGCUAAGUUGAAGCUGGCAGAGCUGUUGGCCAUAAAGAGUGAGUUGACUCUGAUCAAGGUGCAAAUUGAUGGACUGCUGGACAGUGUGGAAAAGAUGGACAGACGGAGAAAAGAUCACUCAGAUUCACCUCUGACCGGGGAGGGCAGUGUGUCGGACUCAGUGAGCAGUCUGGACGACUCCCCUGUCAGCCUUCACCACAGACAGAGAGAGAGCCCAGAGCCAGGAGAGGCCAGCGAUGAUUACCACCAGCACCACCACAGGAUACAUAACCAUCAUUCUGAUCUGGAAGAUAACAUGUGAGGAGAUCAGGUAUACAUGGCUAAUAAAGACUCAAUGAACCCAAUGACAGCAGCACAGUGACAUGGAGAGGGAUUCAAGUGAAGAGGAGUGAUCAUCUCUGAUCACAGUCAACAUGGACAGAACCCUCAAAUACACUGUACCUUACAAAGUUGGAUCUUCAGUGAAUCUUUUCUUUUGAUGAGUAAGAAAUAUUUCCCUGGUUACCCUCAGUUCCUUUCCCACAGUAAGCUUCUGUCCACCUUCGUGUCUCCAGCUCCCCUUUGUAACAGGUUCCUACAGACUUAUGGACUCAACAAAAUAAGGCAGCUUUAAAAAAAAAGUGUAGUCUCUUGAAGAAUGGGUCUGACAACUGAUAUGCAUCACACAGACAGACACACCCACAUUUAUACAACUACAGUUGAAGUUGGAAGUUUACAUACACUUAGGUUGGA